UGAACGUCAUUCGGUGGCGCGCUGUGAGUGUCCACCUUGUUGGUAGUUGUUGGUAGUCUUAAAAUGCUAUCUUCUUCCUGACUUGAAGCUGGUUAUAAUUGAUUAAAACGUGCCAGAUAGCAGUAAAAUGUGGAUACUGACACCCUUGCAGCCUGGAGGUGAGACCCACUAUCUCCUUGCCAGGAAAGAGUAUGUGGUGGGACGCAAGAACUGUGACAUCCUUCUUACCAAUGACCAGUCCAUCAGCAGGGCUCACGCUCACCUCACUGCUACUGACCAGACCCUGACUUUGAAAGACACCUCCAAGUAUGGCACCUUUGUCAACGGUCAGCGAGUGGCGGAGAACACAAUAGUAAACUUGCAGUCAGGGGACAAUGUAACAUUUGGGGCAUUUUACAGCAAAUUCAGUGUGGACUAUCAGAAGCCAGUGGUGUGUUCGUCAUGUGUGGACAACGAUGGCAAGGCAACACUCUCUCAGGCCCUGCUGGCUUUGGGUGGAAAGCUGGUCAACACAUGGACUCAGGACUGCACCCACCUGGCUAUGCCUACUGUUAAAGUCACCAUCAAGACUAUUUCUGCUCUGCUGUGCUGCCGUCCCAUCGUGAAGCCAGAGUACUUCUCAGAGCUCAACAACGCAAUUCAGCAAAAAUUGCCACCUCCUAAACCUGAGAGAUUCAUCCCUGAGAUCGAUGAGCCCAGCUUGAGUAAGGAGGACGUUAACCUUGGAGUGGUUGCGGUUCGCAAACAGCUUUUCAUUGAAAAGACCUUCAUAUUCCUCAGUGCCAAACAGCUGAAGCGUCUGAGUACAGCAUUGAGUUUUGGAAGAGGCAAAAGCCAGCUGCUUGAGGAGGGCUCGCUGCCCCGGGACCUGCUGGAGUCUCCACGGAGCUGUGUGGUCGAUGUUUCAACAGGCAGCUCCCAAGCUCUGCUUUCUUCCUCUACCACAGAGUGGGCAAACUCUGUGAAGAACAUUGUUCAAAGAAAAGGCCUUCGAGUCAUAACAGAGUCUGAAAUUGGUUUGGCUGCCAUCUACGCUUCCUGUGACAAAUACUGCAAUCCAUCCAGUCAAAUGCCAGACUCAGAGGCAGUACCAAAAGUGAAACCCAGAAUCCCAAGUGCUUCGCUGUCACAGAACGUGGCGGUGGAUGAGACUGUGUUACCUGCCCCAUCUCAAAACAUCACUGCAUAUGCAGUGAACACAGAGCCAUCAGAAAGGUCAGAGCUGUGUGAGGUGACAGGGUUCACAUUAGUAGGAGAAACUCCUGAGAAGAAGCAAAUCGGUAACAAAAGUCAGCAUCGUGGAUCCAAAGUCACCGCUGAGAAGAGGUCCACUCAGUGCAUCGUGGCCGAUACAAUGAGCUCAUCGUUCAACACCGCUAAUAGCACAAACUCACAGAGGAAGAAGCCCGAGUCCAAACUGACAGUUUCAGGUGAAGGGAGUAGUGAUAUUAGAUCCCAGCCACCCACUUGUAGGACCAAUGGUGGUGUGAAGACAUUCUUUCAGAGGCAGUCUCCUCAGAAACCAAGACUCCCUGCACAAACUUCCCCACAGAAACAAUCAACUCUGACCACUUUCUUUCAGCCAGUCAACAAGAAAAGGCCUUUGGACGAUGAGUUCUCCACCACUAUGUCAGAGCCAAAGCGGCCUGUACUGGCAUCAUCCAUCAGCAGGAUACAGUCACCAGGCACCUCAGUCGCAUCUAAAGAAACAUACUCACGUUCUAACAGACUCGCUGCAGCCACAUCCCAGACUCCAGCGGGAUCAGGAGUAGAUCUGUUCACAGGACGGUCAGAGGCUCCGCUACAUGGGGUCUCCCACACUGUGCAGGAGGAGCCACAGAGUAGAAAGAGGAAAGAGAUGGAAGAAGAGAUACAGUUAGCAGAACUGGAGUCUAUUAUGUCUGAAGAUAUGGAUUUCUUUGAUGAGCAACCCUCAAGCAAACAAGGCAAGCAAGUACAGUUAACGAAAAGUUCAACUGAGCAGAAACAAGGUUUAAAUACGGUGGAGCCUUCGUCUUCAAGCAAGAGGCAACGCCUCCAUGUAGAAGACCGUGAAACCAACCAAAGGCUACUGGUGGGCCUGGAAAAAGAAACAGGUUCCCAGAAGAACAACGGCCAAAAAUCUGAACAGCAUAUUAUCUCCAUCAAGACAGAGCAGCUUGAUCCCUCAGAAUACAUGACAACUAAUCAUGAGUCCAGCAAACCUCCACAUAUGUCAUCUGCCAGCACAAGUAAAAAAAACAUACUGCCUUUUGAAGAUGAUGAUGCGUCUUUCAUUGAGGACUUAGAUCUACUCAAGGCAGAUAUUUGCGAGCCUGAGGAAGAGACUAAGACCCCACUGAAACCAGUUGUGAUCAAACAAGAGGUCCAAGAGUCCAAGAUUGAUGAAGACCUUCCUAAGAAGUUGGUGUUAGUGGAAUUUCGGUCUCUCACUGUGACCGCACCUCCCAAAACCAAACCAAAGCAGAUGCCAGGCAACGGCUACGCAAAGAACUACAAAUGUUUCCGCAAGAGCCGAGUGCCGGGUGCAGAGGGCUCACCCCACUUCAUUGGAGGGUCUGAUCUGCUGGUUCACAACAAGGGCAAGAACUCUGAUAUGGAUGAAUGGCUGAAAGAUGCAGCUGAGGAGGAGCGACAGAGCAGACGGGACGAGACUGUAGGAGAUGACCUCUUCAGGUACAACCCCACCAAACUAACCAAGAGAAGAUGAAAUGCCUUCAUCUUGAAGUCCUCCAGUGGGAAUUCAUUGCAGAGACACAGGAAAUAUGUCAAACCCCAUCAACCCAAUAUGAGAAGGACUCCAGAAUUAACUUCAUAUAUAAUCUGAAUCAAUAUUUUAACUAUAAUGUUGAGAGAUAAAACAUAAAGUUAAUGCUUCAUAUCCGCUAAAAUAAUCAGAAAUGUUUCUGAAUGUCAGUUUUCUGUUCUUCCUGUUCUAUCUAAGAAUAUCUUUAUAUAACUGAUUAAACUACUGACAGCAAGCAAUGUAACAAAACAGUCUCAUGUUCAGAGAUUUUUCUCAGUUUUUAUUUGUCAAUAAUAAAAAAUACGGCAUACAAAACAUUAAAAACUCUUCAAUUGUACAAGAGAGCAUUAAAGCUCUACAUGCUGAAAGCAGCUUCUCCUUUGUUUUGAAGUUAAGACCAAAUGUGUUCCCUGGUUUUAGCUGAACUAGAAACUUGAGGUGGAUUCAAGUGUUACAGUGUCUUAAAACGAUCUCCGAUGAGCCAACCCUUCAGGCACUUUUACAGAUCUGAAACUGUUCAGAUAAGUAGUCGUCAUGCCAAACAUCUGUUGGCCUGUCUGUGUAGAUAGUUGAAAUCCACAUGUCCCUUCAUAUUCACAACAAGUGCUAUGUACAAGUUGAGUGUUAACUCAGCGUUAAGCAUAAAUUGUGCAGUAAUAAAAGUCAUGAGCAGCAGAGUGGCCAAAAGACAUUUGGAGACUGGCCUUGAAACACAGUUGCUUCCUCUAAAUUUCAACAGGAUUAUUUUUGCUUACUACUUAACUACGUACUUGCAAGUUGCUUUCUUGGAUGGGCACCAAAUAAACCUGUCAGUGCUUUAUUAAGCAACCAGAUUUUCUCUCUGAGUUGGUAGCAGUGGAGAGGUGUGUCCAACCUGAAAGUAACAAGGUCAUGUUUUUAAUCUUUCCUUUAAGUAAAUUCAAAAUAAUAAGAGUUAAUGCCACUUUUGAGUCGCUCAGUCUCCUCUGCAGUCCUGUUUUUAACGUACUGGUUAAAACUCUUAUCACGUCCGUCCUUAUAGCACUUUUCUUUCUUCUGCUCAAAGCAGCUGCUGCUAGGCAGUCGCUCAUGCCUACAUGCAUAUAUUUAAUGUUUAUAUCAAAACAAUAUUCAAAAGUCAGUGAAAAAAAGCAUCAAGGAAUAAAUCUUUGAUUGAAAAUCAGUAUUUAACACAAGUAACGAGAUUUCCAUUAGUUAACUCUUAUAUGAUUACCAAAACUUAAACAGUAAUGUGUUAAACUACCUUGUUAGUGGAAAAAGCAAUGUGACUACAUACAUUAUUUAGUAAUGUUUCACCACUAACACUGACUCUGUCUACUAUAUUGUAUGAAGGGGGCAAAAGAAGAAUUUCCCUACACAACGAUCAAAGUGUCACAUCACAAUAAACAAACCUUGAGCUGUGCUUGAGUGGCACACAAAAAAAAGAUUCAUAUGGCAACACACUCUUGCAGACUGUUUAAAUGACUGAAAGGAAGAAAUCUGUAGCAGAAAUUUUAAAUAUAUUGCUACUGUCACUGCUCAUAACCUCUCUAAACUGUUAUUUGGCACUUAACAAAACAGUAGUCCUUUACAGUAAAGGUGAAAAAAAAAUGGUAGAAGAAUUUAUAGAUACACACAUACAGCGUGGGGUGAUAUGGAAAUAAAAAUAGUUCAACAAGUCAGCAUGAAUUGGAAAAUUACCUGUGAGCUUGCCUUGUUGGUGUGUCUCAAACAGUUAUGGAAGAAAUCUGACUUGGUAAUUGCUUUGUAGAGUAAUAUAAACAAAGUUGCGUAUAAUGUUUCACAUUAUUAAGAAAAAUCAAUUAUAUGACUCCAAUCACAGAUGUUCAGCAACAGAAACUGAUAUAUUAAUCCAGUUUUGCACAUAGGUCAUAUGAAUAUGUUCAAGAUGGAGUUUAGAUGUUAGUCUUCAAAGGCAUAGCCAAAAAA